CCUGAGUGAGCCCCAAGCUCCCUAGACAACCCCCCUCGAAACCCUAACGGAGCUCAUCGACCUAUUCCGGAAACUCCAUAUUCGCAAUGGGGUGGUUCGACGGCUGGUUUGGAUCCAGCGCGCCCGCGUCCGGCGACCCUCUCAAGUCCCUCGACCCGAAGCUCCGCGAGUUCCUCGAGCGCGAAUCCCCGGUCAAGGUCCAGCAGCAGGCCCAAGAGGCCCAGAACAAGGCCGGCCGAGCAGCCGAGGCGGCGGCGACGGCGGCGGCGCACGCAUACGCGCAAUCACAACAGCAAGAGCGCGAUGCAGCGAUAGCAGCAGGGGACUCGUCGGAAGACCGGCCAAAGGUGCCCAAGGAGAGCCUGUUCCAGGACGGCCGGUACGCGCACCUGUGGAAGACAUACCGCCCCUACUUGGACAUCGAGGCCGAGACAAAAACGGAUCAUGAGAAGCUUAUGGACGUGCUGGAAGGCUACAAACAGCGGAAACACAACAUCGGCAGGGCGGCGCUCGAGAACUGCGCGAUACAGCAGGAGGAGUGGGUCAACUGUAUGAAGAGCGGCGACUGGGAGGACCGAAUGCAGAUGUGCAGACGCCAGGUGCAAAAAUUUGAGAGAUGUUAUACGAUGCAGACGAGAUUUCUCAAGGCGCUGGGCUACCAGUCCAUCUACAAUCGAGCGGCGCAGGUGGAGGAAGACAUCCAGAUGCACGCGGAUCAACUCUACGCGCGCAUGCUCGAGCAAGAAAGAGCCAUCGAGGCCGCCAAGGAGGAGGGCCUCCCCGCGCCAAAGUUCGACCUCGCGAUACCCACGGCGCCGGGCACUUUCGAGGUGAAGCCCAGGCCGGACCUGGAGAAAUCGUGGCGGGAGAAGCUGGAGCAGCUGCCCGAGGAGGAGCGGGCGGUUGAGGAGGCGGCUCUGCGAGCGGACCUGCAGGCCAAGGCGCAAGUGGCCAAGGACGUGCAGAAGCUAUGGGACGAGCAGGAGAAGGAGAAGGAGCGACGCAAGGCGGAGGGCAAGACUACGAUUGUGGAUCGUAUCACGGGCGCUUUCGGCGGUGGCAAGUGAGAGGGUGUGGUGCUCAAUCAGUGUCUGCGGCUGUUGAAAAGCCCCCCCCCCUUUCUGAAGUGAUGGUGGGCUGCCGAAGACGAUUGGGUGCUACACUAUGUAUUGUACGGAAGGGUUGUCGAGACUGGUGCGGCCUUUCUGAACCGCAACGACAAUGGCCCCUGUAAAAAUGACUGUAGACUAUUGUGUUCCUCUAGCAGAGCAUUUGGGAAUGCAAAAACGGAAAAGGAAGCCCUGUUGUGGUUCGCCCUCCAUUCGCU